AAUAACUUAUAUAAACAUAAUUCACCAGAAAAAACAGAAGGUUAAACACGUUAAAAAGUAUUAAGUCGUAAUAAUUAUCGAAUAAAGAGAAAUGUUGGAAUAAGCUAAUAAAAUAUGAAAAAUGGAAAAAGUAAAACAGAAGCCUAAAUACCUUUAAUAUCAGGUACAAAGGAUAUUAAUUAAAAUAAAACUAACUAAGUAAAAGAGGCUUAGGAGAAAACAAAUAAAAAACAGUAAUUCUUAACUUUAACUAAAUUUUAAAUAUAAUAAAGUAGUAAAAGUAUUUAAUUUAAAAAUUAAAAAUCAUUAAAUGAAGUUUCAAAAUAUGAGAAUUUCCAAGAAGAUAAAAUUUUAGAAAAUCUUAGUAAUUCUAAUAGUUCUAUAAGAUCUUCGAGAUCUAAAAAAGAUAAAUUCUUAAGAAAGAGAAGCUCUAAUACUUAUUAAAUAUAGAACAGUAAAAAAACAAACGGAAUCUUGGAAUAAAAGGAAGAUUUUAUAAAAGAAAAAGAAGAAGCUAUUCCAAAAAAAGUCCUUAAACUUCAUUUCGCGAAUAGUUCUAUAGAUGAAGACUAUCGAAGUAUAUUAAAAUAGGCAUUUCAAGACAAAAAAUAUGAUGAAAUUGAACUUUUAUUUGAAGAUGAAUAUAUAUAAUUAACUGAUUAUUGCCUUUUUGAAUCUCAAAAUGAUUGUUUGAAGAAACUGAGCUUAAAUUUUAUUAAUGGAAUAAAGAAUUUUA